AGCUUGACCACAGCUUGACCAAGCGAUUCUGCGGCUAAUCGUUCGUUUCUUGAACUCUUAUCAAGGCCCGGGGGCAUUUGAAAAAUAAUUUAACGAUAAUUACACGGUAUCAGUAGUUGUCCAGCUGAGUACGAUGCAGUUUUGUUGAGAUAACGUAGCGUUUAAUAUUACAUAUUUAACAGUAAAUGUUCUGUUCUAACAAUAUCUGUUGUUUAAGAAUGAUUUCUACUACGUACUUCACUGCAUCGUUUAUAUUAUUAGCUACCGUUUUACAAACACAAGCACUAAACAAUGGUCUGGCUUUAACUCCACCUAUGGGCUGGAUGCACUGGCAAAGGUUCAGAUGUGUCGUGGACUGUACAGCCUAUCCAGAUGACUGUGUGAGUGAAAAGCUGUUCAGAGAUAUGGCAGAUCGUAUGGUUGCUGACGGAUACAAGGAUGCCGGAUACGAGUACGUGAUUAUAGAUGAUUGCUGGGCCAGCAAAGAACGAACGACUCACAAUAAAUUACAACCAGAUCCAGAGAGAUUCCCUAGUGGUAUUAAGGCACUUUCUGAUUAUGUUCACGAAAAAGGUUUAAAAUUUGGCAUAUACGCAGACUAUGGUACCCAGACCUGCGCAGGAUACCCCGGCAGCAUCGAGUACUUGGAAUCUGAUGCGCAGACCUUUGCUGACUGGGGCGUGGAUUACUUAAAAUUGGACGGGUGUCAUUCAGAAGUACUCACCAUGGAAAUCGGUUAUGGAUUAAUGGGAAGGUACCUGAAUGAAACAGGAAGACCUAUUGUAUAUUCUUGUAGUUGGCCAGCUUACCAGGAACCCAUAGGAAUUCAAGCGAAUUAUGCUAGGUUGGCUGAAGUGUGCAAUCUAUGGAGAAAUUGGGAUGACAUAGACGACGCUUGGGUUAACGUAACGAGUAUCCUGAAAUGGUUUAGCGAUAACCAGGAUAGAAUAGCAAAUUACUCUGGUCCUGGACACUGGAAUGAUCCAGACAUGUUAAUUAUUGGAAAUUAUGGAUUGAGUUACGAGCAAGCUAAGGCUCAAAUGGCCAUUUGGGCUAUCAUGGCGGCCCCCUUGAUUAUGUCUGUUGAUUUGAGAACUAUAGAACCUAAAUUUAGAGAUAUACUGCUCAAUAAAGAUGUAAUCAAGAUCAAUCAAGAUCCCAAGGGAAUACAAGGGAAACUAGUCCUUACGAAAGAUAAAAUUGACAUAUGGACCAAACCAAUCAAUCCAGUCAUCGACAACCAAACCAGCAUAGCUAUCGGUCUUCUAAGCCACAGAGUGGACGGUUAUCCAUACAGGCUCAACUUUACCUUAUCUGAUCUAAACCUGGACAACAAAAGCGGAUACAUUAUCAAGGAUAUUUAUGAAAAUUCGACUGUAGUUGAGAUUGCAAAGCCUGACAACACUGUUUUUAUAAAGAUAAAACCUUCAGGUGGUGUCCUUUUAACUGCAACCCCCCUCAACCCUGUAAACGUCCAAAAGGUUUAAUAAAAAAAUAUUUAUUACAAAUAAACAACCAACAAAAAUAUAAAUACUUUUAAAACAUUUUAUUUAAACAGAUAAACAAUAAAAUAUUUAACAAUAUAA